AUGGACAAGUUCAAGUCUGUUGCUAAGGGCGGCUGGCAUCCAGAGAAGAGCCGUGCCAAUAGUGGCAGCAGUGCUGGGGGGCAAAGCGACUCUAAGCUAGGCCAAGUGAAAGGCUGGGUGGGAAAGGCCCAAGGCAAAGACGUGCAUGCCGAAUCAGCUCGGGAACAUCAAUCCGCGCCCCUGUCGUCGUUGAAAGAUCCAGCCUCAUUUGCGCCGCCGCCAAAACGAGUGAACUACAAUGCUGUGCCGGCAUCAUCGGGUACGCGUCCUUCUACGGUCGCAUCGUCUCGAACGGAGGAGCAAGAGGAGGCAGAAGACAACCGACCAGCCCCAGGCCCAUAUAGACGCGACACCACAGGGCUAAGCACAGCACACCUGCCCAAGCCUCCUGCUUUCCGCCCAGGUACUGCAUCGCCAACAACUACAGGCUCUGCACCGAAACCGAAACCGAGUCUUCCCCCUAGACUGCCUCCGCGACAAAACUCGAAUCCUCAUGAAUUCUCCGCCGCGCCUCCACCCACAUACAAUGAGGCUACACAGCAAGAGACGGCUUCACAUGGCGGGCUGAACCAGGGGGCUUUGGGUCGUCUGGGUCAAGCGGGAGUAUCCGUGCCUGGCUUUGGCAUCGGUCGGACAGCCUCUCCUCCCGUACCGCCUCGUGCGAACCCUUCUCCACCUGUCCCUCCUCGAGCGAAGUCUAGUUCCAGCACAACUGUACCGCCGCCUGUUGCGAGCGGACAUGGCUCGCAGAUGAACGAACUUCAGAAUAGAUUCGCCAAGUUGACAGGACCCAAAUCACGAACACCAGCACCAGCGCCGCCCCCAACGACAGGCACAUCAUGGGCGGACAAACAGGCGGCACUUCGAACAGCUAGCAACCUCCGGAACGACCCAUCCAAAGUCUCGGCAUCUGACUUGAAAGGGGCAGCAUCGACGGCAAAUAAUUUUCAGCAGCGGCAUGGCGAUCAGGUUGCAUCUGGGUGGAAGUCGGCCAACUCGCUCAACCAAAAGUACGGCAUCAUGGGGAAGAUGAACAGCUUAGGCUCGUCGAGUGGAGCAGCAGCACCCCCACCAGUGCAGUCGCCAACACAGAUUCAGGGCAGCCAGGGAGGAGGACUAGGGAAGAAGGCGCCACCACCGCCUCCGCCAAAGAAGAAGGAGCUGGGCAACGGCUCGGGCGAAGCACCGCCAAUUCCUCUGAGUAGCAAGCCCAAGUUCUAG